GCAUAGUUAGAGCAAAGGCAUUGAUGAAGAGUAAGAAUAAGAGGCUUGGCGAUGUUAAGGUUUGAGCCCCGAGCUUCCAACGAAGGACUAGGCCUCAUUCUUAUUCUUGACGAUGAUGAAGUUUCAUCCAAGGCAAAGGUGGCCAAGAAUGUGGAGGCUCUGAUGAAGAACAUGGGUGAGGCUCUAGUGAUGAAAAUGGACAAAGCUCUAACAAAGAAUAUGGAUGAAGCUCUUGCAAAGCUUAGAGUCUGCUAUAAGAUCAUUGUUGGUGAAGUAGAUAAGCUCUUGGAUGAUAAGGUUGGGAUUCAAGUAACUACCAACAAAGAUAAAGGCAAGAAGGCUAUUAAAGAGGCUAGCCCCAAGUCUAGCAAAAACAGUGAUGUGAAAUCUACCAAGAGUGAUGAAGCAUCGAAAGAGAAAGGCAUGCCAUACCUAGUUGCUGCUUUAAAAGAAUCUAUUCCCAACAAAGACAAGAUGGAUGUUGAUGAACCAACCAUAAGCAUAUCGAUGAAGGCCGUUAACUCUGGAAAAAUCAUGUCUUUGGACACAUCUUUCUCGGUUUCAGCCAAGCAUAUGGAAGUAACUCCCUUUGUUGAGAUGGACAAGAAAUCCUUUCAUUUGUGCAAAGAUGCCAUAGAUGAUGAUAAGAGCAUAAACUUUGAAGUUAGAGCUACUCGGGCUGGGGAAGGUGAACCUUGGCAAAGGCAAGUUCGACAUGGCUUGGAGUGGCAAGGCUGGCAACUAGGAUGAGUAGAUUGAUAAGCAGGCAAAGCAUGUUGAAAAUGUGCCAAAAUUCUUGGCUGAUAUAAAAGAGCUGAUGCUUA